AUGUCGGCUAGUCCUACGGAACGAUCUAGCUCACCGGAAUUAGCGUCAACAAUGGUGGGAGAUAAAAAUGAAGAUGAUAUACAACAAUUUCAACAGAUUAUUCGUGAUAGACGAUACGAACGCGAAGAUAUUCAGAAGAAGGCAUUCACUAAAUGGAUUAACAAUCAACUAGCAGAUAUAAAUUCAACAUCACCUGUUACUGAUUUAUUUCAAGAUUUACGUGAUGGUGUUAUUUUACUUCAAUUAUUGGAAGUACUCACUGGGAAUGAAUGUAAAAAAGAAAAUGGUAAAAUGCGUGUACAUCAUAUCGGAAAUGUUAAUAAAGUGAUUGCUGUACUUGCUGAACAUGGAAUUAAACUUCUUAGUAUAUCAUCAAAUGAUAUUGUUGAUGGUAAUCCAAAAUUAACUCUUGCAUUAAUAUGGUCAAUAAUUCAAUAUUGGCAAGGAAAAGAUGUUAUUAAAUCCGUUGAAAAUAAUGUUGAACAGAAUAAUAUUGAAAAAUUUCUUCUUUCAUGGUGUCAAGAACAAACGAAAGGAUACAAAGGUGUUGAAAUCAAUGAUUUUACACGUAGUUGGCAAGAUGGCCUUGCUUUUAAUGCAUUAAUUCAUAAAUUUCGUCCAGAUUUAUUUGAUUAUGAAGAAAUUUUACAAAAUGCAUCAGCGAGAAAUCUUGAACAUGCAUUUAGUGUUGCCAAAAAUGUCUUCAAAAUUGAUCGAUAUCUCGAUGUUGAAGAUCUUACUUCUGAUUUUCCGGAUAAGAAAUCUAUUUUAAUGUAUGUUAUGUGUCUUUUUCAACAAUUACCAGCAAGUAAUAUGAUUAUCGAAGAUAAAGAGAAAAAUGAAAUAUCGACGACGACGAUUGUAACUGAUGAUAAUAGUACAGCAACAACAGAGAUAAAGCCUUCUCCAACAGAAAAUGAAACAAGUAAAGAAAGAUCCGAAGAAGAUUCAAUUCGAUUAAAAACAUAUCAAACAAGUAUGGAAAGAAUACUUCAAUGGGUUCUUAAACUUGAAGAUGAUCUUGAUAAACAAGAUACAACUAUAUCAAAUGAUUUAAAAACAAUAAAAGAUCAAUUUCAAAAUCAUGAAGAAUUUAUGAUUAGUUUAACACAAGAUCAAAAUCAAAUUGGUGAAAUACUUUUAGAAGGAAAUCAAUUAUUAACAACACCAACAUUUCAUUUACAAACUGACGAAGACAAUGAUAUUAAAGAACAAAUGAAAAUUCUUAAUGAUCAUUGGGAAUUAUUACGUUCAAAAUCACUUGAUAGACAAACUAUUCUACACAAAGCUCUAAUGAAACUUCAAGUCGAUCAAAUUGAAUCAUUUGAUUCAUGGCUAUCACAAACUGAACAACGUAUAACAGUAGAUUUAAGUUUACUUGAACAAAAUCUAUCGGGUAUUAAUCGUCAAUAUGAGCAAUUAGCUCAAUUACAAGACGAACUUGUUUCACAACAACAAAUAACGGAAUCAUUACAAAAUAUGAUUAUUGUUAUUGAUGAUUCACCAUCAGAAAAUUCUGAUUCAACGUCAACAUAUAAUUCAACAGAAAUUGAAACUAAACUAGCAAAUUUAAGUGAACGUUGGGCACAGAUAUGUAACUUUGUACAAAAUCGUUGGAUAUUAUUACAAGAACUUAAAGUUGAAUUUGAACAAAUUGAUUCACAUCUAGAAAAAGUUAAUAAAUGGUUAAUAUCAAAAGAAAAUGAAAUUGAUCAGAUGAAAUCACAACCAAAUAUUAAUAAUAGUGAUAUACUAAUGCAACAAGUUCAUUCUAUUCAGAAAACUGAAUCUGAAAUGACUGAUAUACGUCAAUCAAUAAUCGUAUUAGAUAAUAGUAUAAAACUUCUUAGUCAACAUUAUGAUAGUACAACAUCGAAUGAAUUUAAAAUUUUAAGUGAACAAAUUAAUAAUUUUGAAAAACGUUGGACACAACUUAUUGAUGAUCUUGAACAAUAUUCAGCACGAUUAAAAACAAUUGAUUUAACUACAGAAACACAUACUAAAUCUGAUAAUGAUCUUAUACAAAAAACAAUCACAACAACAAUUGAAGAAACAACAACUACAACAUAUGAAGAAUCCGAUGAUUCAAUAAAGAAAUCUAAAGAUAAUGAAAAUGAAAAUAUUGCUAAAUUAGAUUUCGAUGUUUCAGCUCGAAAAUAUAUUGAUUGGAUUGAUAGUAUUGAAAGAAUAUUAGAUGAAAAGCCUUUAAAUCAAGUACAAAUUGAUGAAAGACAAAAUAUUAUUCAAGAAGUUAAAACGAAAUAUUUAUCAUAUGAUGAUCAAUUUAAAACUCUUAUUCAAACAGGAAAUGUAAUAACAAAAGAAUUAAAAGAUGCAAAUGAAGAUUCUAAUGAACAUGAAACAUCAUUAAAAACAUUAGAAAGCCGUUGGCAAGAAUUAUAUAAACAAAUUCUUAAUUGUGAAAAAGAUCUUGAACAAUCGAAAUUUAAUGAAGAAUUUCAAGCAUUAAAUAGAGCACGUAGUCAAUAUCAAACAUGGAUUGAUUCAACAUCAUCUAAUGAUGAACUUCAGGUCCAAUUAAAUAGUUUUCAAGCAUAUAACGAACGUUUAGCUAAUUUACGGCGUAUGGCUGACCGUUUUGAUGGAAAUAAUAUUCAACGUACCGAUGAUUUAUUACGUUCAUGGGAUGAGACACAUUCACGACUACGUGAGCGAAUUAUCCCUGUUGAACAUAUGCAACAACAAUCAUCUGGAAUAGCUAGUUCUAGUUCAACAUCAUUUCGUCAAACGGGUGUAUCAUCAGUUCCAGCAAGUCCGAAUCGAAUAGCAUCAUUAUAUGAACAAUCUUCAUCUUCAGCAUCAGCAGGAGGAGGAGGAGGAGGAUGCGGAGGAGCAGGAGGAGCAGGAGCAGCAACAACAAAUUUAGGACAAUCAAUAGGCGAAAAUGGAAGUGUUUUUACUUUAACAAAUAUUUAUACAUUUGGUGGUCAAGAUGGAAAUUCGAAUAAUGGUUUAUCAAAUGAUAAAUCCGAUAAAUAUCGUAUAAAUUCAUUUGUUGAAGUAUUUAAUCAACCAUCAUCACAACAGGAUACUGAAUAUGAACGACAUUAUCGUGAAACACAUUCAUCAUCAUCUAUAACACGAAAAAUACGUACAAGUGCAACAGAUUCAUAUGAUUACGAACCAAAUGGUAACUAUGAUUCAUCACAUUAUCAACAUCAGUACGAAACAGGAGGUCCAUCAUCAACCAAAUAUAUACAUGAACAAAAGUCAUCAGGUACUGGUAAUUUAUCAUUAUUACCUUCGACCUUUGUUGAUACACAAAAUAAAUUACGUUUGUGGCUUGAACAUGUUGAACAAUCAUUAUUAAGUGAUAAAGUUCGAAUUAUUGAUAUUCAUGCAAUAAAUGCUAAGAAGAAAAUUUAUAAGGAUUUACUUGAUCAAACAUUUGAACAAGAACAUAAUUUAGAAAUAUUAAAUGAUAUAGCACGAGAAUAUUAUUGCAAAUUAACUAUUGAUGUUACACGACGUUUACAAGGAGAAUUAACUAAUUAUCAUGAACGUUUAUCUGAUAUAAAAAUGUUUUUAAGUGAACGUUUAGCAAAAUAUAAUAGACUUGAUAAAACAUUAAGUGAUUUUGAAAGUGGAAUAGAGGAAGUCAAACUUUGGAUACGUAAUGCUCAACCACGUGUAGCAACAAGUGAUACAAGUUCACGUGGGUUAGAAAAUCAAUUAGGAAGACAUCAAGUUCUUCAACAUGAAAUACGUGAAACACAAACAAUUGUUAAUCGUUUAAAUAAAGAUGUUAUUGAUUUAACUCAAGAUGCUGAUGAAAAUUUAGCACGACGUUUACGAGAUGAAAUGAAUCAUUUAAAUGAAAGUUGGAGUCAUAUUGUUAGUUCAACGAAAGUCUAUUCACAAAAUAUUCAAGAUACUUUAAAACGUAAUAAAAUCUUACAAGAAGAAAUACGUGAUUUACAAGAAUGGAUUAUAGAUCGAGAUCGUAGUACAUUCUUUGAUGAUGGAUCAAUAUGUCAUCAAGAUCAAAUUCGUGAAAGACUUGAACAGUAUCAAAGACUUCAAACGGAACUUAAUCUUAAAGAAUAUACUGUAAGAACAUUAGUUGAACAAGCUCGUCAUGAUAUAAGUCAAAACUCAGCGCCUGAAUUAGCACAAAGUCUUGAAACACUUAUUUCAAAUUGGUCGAGUUUACAAAAGAAAGUUGAUACGAAAGUUAUAUUCUAUUCCGAUAUUUAUAAAUUACAUGAAGAAUUAAAAGAUUUACUUUAUCGGGAAAAUAUCUGGCUAGAUACAUUACAAAAUCGAAUCUAUGCACAAUCACAUGCUGGUGUUGAUGCUGAAGAAACAGCUGAAGAACUUGAAACUCUUGAACGUUUUAUUAAAUCUCAUUCGAGAAUUAAUUAUGAAAAAAUUAUUGAAAUAUCUGAUCGUCUUCAAGCAACAAAAGUUUCAUUACCAUCAAUAAAUAGUCAAAUCAAUCAAUUUCAUAUUCGUUGGGAACAAUUACAUGAUGAUGCUAUCAAACGAAUUCAUGUAUUAAAUUCACAUGUAUCUGAUCAUCAACAAUUAAAUCAACAAAUAGCAGCUAUGUUUGAAUGGAUAAGACUUACUGAUAAUACACUUAAUUCACGAUUAAAAGAUGAUGUUUAUGCUGAUGAUGUACCUGGUGAAGCGGAGAAAUUAAUUCUUGAAUUCAAUCAAUAUGAAGCAUUUUUAUAUAGUAUUGAAGAUAAAAUUCAUGCAUUACGUAGUACAGGAAAAAGUGAAGCUGCAAGAAGACUUGAACAACAAUUUCUUCCAUUAAAAAAUCAAUUUACUCAUCUACAAGGUAAAUUUCGACAAUUUCAAAAACCAUCAGAUUUUGAACCAAAAUAUGCUCGAAUGCGUCAAAUUUUACAUGAUGUUGAACAAAAUUUAUAUACACUUGAAAUACGUUCUGAUGAUCCUGAUGUUGUUCAUAAUCAAUUAGAACAUUGUAUAAAAGUCUAUAAAACAUUAUCGGAUAUUAAAUCGGAAGUUGAAUAUGUUAUACGUAUUGGACGUGGUGUUGUUGAAAAAGGUCAAACAGAAGAAGCAAAUGAUUUAACUAGACAAAUUGAUCAAUUGAAAGCAACUUAUAAUAAUCUUGGAGCAAAAGUAUCAACUUCGAAAACUCAAUUAGAUAGUGUUGAACGUCAUUUACGUAAAUUUCGUAAAGAAUAUUCUCAUAUUCAUGAAUGGUAUGUCAAAGCUGAUCAUGAAAUACGUAAAAUUGAAAAUAAACAAGUAUCAAAAAACACUAAAGAAGAAGUUGAUUGGAUACGAACAACAAGAAAUGAUAUUAAAAAACUUGAAGCAAAUUUUGAAAGUUUAAGAACAUUAGAACGUACCAUACAAAAAGAUGCUGAAAGACAUUUACCUAAUCUUCAAGAAAAAAUUCACGAAUUAAAACGACAAAUAGAUCAUUUAGAUCAACGACUUCGAGAUCGAUCCGGAAUUGUUGAGCUAUCACCACCUAUCGAUGAUAUAGCAAAGAAAGAUGAGGACAAUUGA